CGUAGCAUAAACAGUGGUGAAGACGUGUCGUGGCGCAAGAAUUCGCGUUCCGUAUUUUCUCAGUUUACGCCGCCGGAAGAGGGCUACACGAUAAGGACCUGCCAUUAUUUAGCCGAUCGCAUUCGUCAUUUGGGGGGUGUGAGACAGACGCAUUGCGUUCGAUGAGAGUGUGCGUGAAGGGUCCUUUUUUCCGUCGUCGAAUAGGGUGACCAGCUGUUUCGUGAAGGCGAGAGGAAGUCUCGUGAUGUGUCCGAAAAUAGAACUGGGCAAGUCAGGCGUAGUCAUCGCCGUUGCCGCCACCGUCGAACCGGCGGAGAUCUGAAGAAGGUGCAGUUUUCGCAAAGUUCGGUAUAUUUAUAGUAGCCGGAUCGGGUUUGCCUGCCUCGCUAAUGAUUUAAUUACGGGAAGAGAUUAGUGCAAUGUGCUGAAUCAAACCGUGUGGCGCGGUCGUUGUCAUCAUCAUCGUCGUCGUCGUCGUCGUCGCGAGUGAGUCACUUGAUGGGUCGAGCUAGAUCGUUCGUUGGUUGUUCUAAGAAGAACGGUCCGGGAAAGUGAUUCGAGCAUAAAUUUAUGCUGUCUUGACAUGCGAUAGAGGCUCGGGUUAGGACGAAGCAGGUCCGAAAGAGAAUCCCAUUCAGCCAGCAUCCGCCGUCGGUUUUGUGGGUCGUUAGGGAAAGAUCUUCCGAAAUAAGAGAAGACCGAAUCUAACGGCGUUGUUUCGGGAUGAAGUGGCAAGUGAAUGUUCGAGGGCAGAAAUUGAUGGUGUUCAAAUAAAACACACCCGAUUUGUAUUCUUUUUAUUUGCGUGGAAGGUGUAAUCUCCGGUGUUCGUAGAAGCUCCUGUGGAGUUUGCCCUUGUGGAAGCACCGUAAUAGAGUCCCAUAAAUCAUCGGAUUUAUUCGACGUGGUUGGCGAGCCAUAAAAAAAUAUUACCAUUUAUGCUGUCCAGAUAGCGAUUUAUGAAUGCCGCAAGUGAACAGUGCAUGCGGGAUCGGGUGUAACGGCUGUGGAAGUGUGGACGGGCCAAAAAAAACGAAGAAUUGGCGCUAUGUCGGUCAAAUCUCUCCGCGGGUGAAUAUUAUUAUAUCAUCUUUCGACAAAUCGGGUAAAUUGAAAGAAAAUUGAAUAAUACAUACCGUCGGAUUGAGUGAAUCUGCCAUUAUUCGAAGCCAAUCAGUGUCAGCGGAGAAUGUGUGAGUGUGUUUGUUUAUGCAAGCCUCAGUUUUUUAAGCCCCUUGAGAGCCGUGAUUAAAAUCGAUAGGCAGCCAGGCUGCCAGGUGAAGAUGAUGAAGAAAUUGCCGGUGGGUCAAGCGAUUUAGUGUUCAGCGGGAAAGGUGCUAAUGAAGAAAUUAUAUGUAUGAUCAUCUGUGGCUUGUCGGCUGUUUUGUUGAUAGAAGCAAUUCGUUUCACUUUCGGUUGAAGGCGACUCCUCGCCUCGGUCGGAUGUGGGUCAACGGAGCACGCAGGUCAAUUCGGCACCACUGCGUAGCAAUCGUUGGACGAUAAUUAAAGACCGUCAAAUUCGAAUAAUAGCUCAGUGGAAAAUCGAUCCAUUACACGUCAUUAAGGGGCACGAGCAACUAAACUACACUCUUGUGCCAUAAAAACAACUCCGUUCCAAACAGAAAACAAUAAAACAAACCACACAAAAGUUGAAACAGGAAAAAAUAAACAAUUUUUGGGGCGCACUGAUUCGAUACAAAUCCGCAUAAUAACACCAACAGUUAAAAGCCACCAAGCAGACGAAAAACAACUACCUAACCCAAAAACCGAACCGAAAGGUGAUUCAUGCUUCCGAUCCGGUGCGAACGCGGUCGGAAAAAUGUGAGAAACACGAUCAUUAUCUAUGUCCCGUAUGUUUAUGGUUGCAUAAAAAUAUGUUUUCGGGGAACCAUUGGUCGGCGAGCAACCAAAAAAACAGAAAGUGAGGUGAAUAUAACAACAGAAAACAGGAGAGAAAAAAUAAAUAGUUCGUGCCCCUGCAUUUGUGGGGCACUGGGAAGUGUAGUUGAUCUUUGAUGAUUCUGGCCGUCUGCCAGCAUAAUAGUGAUAAUUAGAUGAAUGAAGAGAGCUAAAUUAGAGCCCUGGUGUGAAUAAUUGUCCGGAAUAAAUUGGAUCGUGCUGUAAUUGAAAAGAGAGCCCCGCCAGUUCCGGUAUUGUGUGAAUUUAGUAAUUGAUUCUAUUAUUUCGGAACGGUUGUUCGCUGUAAAUUGUUGCUGUUGUUCACAUUGUACUGGCGGAAGAAAUGUUGGUAGUUCCAACUGAUAAAUGAGCCGUCGAUAUAGUGGACCAGAAAUAGUAAAGGAUCGAAAUCUGAGCCGAAAUGGAUAGACCAGGUUGGCUCAUACUGCUGAUCGUCGGAAUGGCGCUGUGUCAGCAUUCAAAAGCUCAAUACCGGACACCGCGGAUAACGGAACAUCCCAGCGAUGUCCUGGUACCGAAGAAUGACCCCGUCACGCUCAACUGCAAGGCGGAGGGUAAACCGGAACCGAAGAUCGAAUGGUACAAGGACGGCGAACCGGUCAAAUUCACUCCGAAUCAUGUACUGCUACCGUCCGGGUCGUUGUUCUUCCUGCGGACGGUACACGGCAAGAAGGAACAGGACGGCGGAGUUUACUGGUGUCUGGCUCAGAACGCGGCCGGGAAGGUGCAGAGUCGGAACGCUACGUUGCAGAUUGCCGUGCUACGAGACGAAUUCCGGGUUGAGCCGAAGGACACCCGGGUGGCAGCUGGCGAGACAGCUCUGCUGGAAUGUGGUGCCCCGAAGGGUAAUCCGGAGCCAACGAUCAGCUGGAAGAAGGAUGAAAUUAUGCUGGAUCUGGACGACUUCCGCUCCAACAAGGAACUGGCCCGGGUUCGGAUCGUGGACGGAGGCAAUCUGCUAAUCAGCGACGUUCGGCCAACCGACGAGGGUCGGUACCAGUGCACCGCACAAAAUAUGGUCGGCUCCAGGGAGAGCGUCUCCGCUAAAUUAACCGUACAAGUGAAACCCUAUUUUAUCAACGAACCGACGGAUAUCACCGUGCUGGUCGGGCAGAGGGUGCAAUUUCAGUGCACCGUCGGUGGAGAUCCGCACCCGCAGAUCCUUUGGAAGAAGGAAAAUGGCCACAUCCCCGUCGGACGGGCGGAGAUUCUGGAGGAAGAUCGCAGUCUGGUGAUAAAGAAUGUGGCCCAAGAUGAUCAGGGGAUGUACAUCUGCGAGGCGCACAACUCCGUCGGGCAGAUCAGUGCCAAGGCUCAUCUGGUUGUGAACUCUUCUCCGACGUUCAUCAUAAGACCCCAGGAUCAACGGACAAAUCUUAACGGUAUUGCUACGUUCAAGUGCACCGCCUCCGGGAAUCCCCCUCCGUCGGUGUUUUGGUCCAAGGAAGGCUCCCAGACACUGAUGUUCCCUAACAACACCUACGGGAAUAUACACAUCUCCAGCCAGGGUUCGCUCCAGGUACGAGCAGCCCAGAAGGACGACGAUGGAUACUUUGUCUGCUCGGCACUCAGCGUAGCCGGUUCCACCACCAGUCGAGCAUAUCUUCAGGUCACCAGUUCCUUCGACAGUAGUCCACCUCCACUGUUGCAGGUUGUUCCCGUGAAUCAAACGCUACCCCGGGGAAGCGUCGCGAUGCUACCCUGCCGAGGAUCCGGUCCGUCCAGUCCGAAAAUCUACUGGAAGAAAAACGUCACCGACAUCACCGCGCUCGGGUCGCGCUUCUCCAUCGUUCAAGGCGGAACGCUAAAAAUUGACGAUCUCCAACCGGACGAUACGGAUUGGUACACAUGCGUUGCCUAUUCCGAGAAAGGCGAAACCUCGUGGAGUGCCCAUCUAAUGGUCGAGAAGAACCUAUCAGCGAUGCUGCAUCGGUCCCACAAUGCGGAUCUGCUACCGGCGGCACCGUCGAUUCCGAAGGCGGUCAACAUCACCAACAGCAACGUAACUCUGGUGUGGGCCAAGGUGGGCACGGGUGCGGGAACAGGCGGCGGUAGUGCGGUACAAGAAAAGCUACGCAACAAUCCCGUUAGUGGCUAUUCGGUGGAAUACUAUAGUCCGGAUGAAAAGAACGGUUGGGUUCGGGCGGUUACCCGUGUGGCAGGGAAUACUGCGACGAUAACCAACCUCUCGCCCUCAACGUCCUACAUCUUCGUGGUUCGGGCGGAAAAUCCACAAGGUUACUCAGCCCCCUCGCCACCGUCCAACGCGAUUCGGACGCUUUCCGCCGACGAUGGCGUCACGAUGCCGGAAGAGCUGGAAGCCGCUCGGAUGGUGCUCAACGGGAAGAUCCUGGAACUGGUGGACGUGGUCUCCAUCAGUUCAACUUCGGUCCGGCUCGAGUGGCAGCUGCACAUCUCCAGCACCGAGGAGUACAUCGAAGGUCUCUACGUGCGCUACCGAGAUUUGAGUUCCAGCUCACAAAAGUACAGCAUGCUGACGAUACAGAACAAUGCGGCGGAAACACACGUUAUCACUGGAUUGAACAAGUUCACCCGGUACGAAUUCUUUCUGACACCGUACUUCAAGAAUGUCGAGGGUCAACCGAGCAAUUCAAAGGUGGUUCAGACGCUGGAGGAUUCACCAUCAGCCGCACCGGUUAACAUUCAAACUGGGAUGCUGAAUUUGACUGCUGGUUGGGUAAAGUGGUCACCGCCACCACCCGAGCAUCAGAAUGGAAUUCUACUCGGUUAUAAAAUUCAGGUUAAACCAGGAAACUCGUCUAAAACUCUCGCUUCAAUGACACUAAACGCCACAACAACUUCGGUCAUGCUGAACAACCUGACAACGGGGGCAACCUAUCGUGCUCAGAUCGUAGCCUAUAAUCGAGUUGGAGCAGGGCCGUACUCGAAACCGGCCUAUCUAGUGAUGGAUCCUGCUCACGUGAUAGCACCUCCCCGAGCUCACAACUCUUUGAGCGACAUCGGAGGAUAUCGUCAUCACAACUUUAUGCACGAAACUUGGUUUAUGAUCUUCGUGGUGCUAGCCCUUCUAAUCAUACUAACUUUCACCGUCGUCGGAGUGGUGGUGUUUUUCAAAAAGCGACAGAAUAUGAGUAAAGCUAUCGUCACCGUUCCGGUUAUCACUAGUGGCGAUUUGGCCAGUAUGAAUAUUUCGAGGAAAGAUUGUCUUUGGAUCGAUCGCGGUUGGAGAUCGACGGACACGGACAAAGAUUCCGGUUUGAGUGAGAUGAAACUGCUGGAAGGGUCACAGAAUCCUUCCAACUACACGGAUGUUGGUACGGAUUAUGCUGAGGUCGAUCCUAGGAGUAUCACCUCCUAUUAUAACUGUCGGAAGUCUCCGGACAAUCCUUCGCCGUACGCAACUACUGUACUAAUGAACGGUUUCCCGCAAGAAAAUGGAAAACUACCAUACCAAGUGGGUCCUAUGAACCAUGAAACAUACUCAUCGGCAGCUUCCAGCAUUCGCUCGGACAUUCCUUAUGGUCCAGGCCAUCCGAAGCCGUUCGCUAUGCCGUACAACGCAGCUCCUUCUAACUGGAUCGAUUUCCUACCCCCUCCACCGGAACACCCACCACCCAUUCCGCAAGCUUUAGACCACCAUCUACAUCUGAAUCACGUCUACCCGUCGGAACUGAUCGGGAUGACAACCAGUUCCCAAGGCUCCUGCUGUGGCUCGGGUCUAUCUAGCAGCCACAAUGCUCACCACUCAUAUCACUACGUAGAUCCCUCGCUGCUAGGACGCGGCUCCUCCCGCAGUAGCAGUAACGAGCUUCGCAGUCCAGCUGGACCACCACAGCCUCCCACCCAUCUGUUCCUACAUCACAGCCAUCAACUUCCACCGCCCCCGCAUUCGGCUUCCGCGCUGACCAACCCUGGAGAGGUGUACUUUAACGAUGAAAUUUACAACAGUCCUGUGAAAAGCGCCGAACCGGUGAUGACGUCGCAGCAGCAGCUACAGCAACAGUUCAAAAUGCCCAGUUCCUCAUCGGCAUCAUCGAUUUCCUGCUGCCCCUCGAAUCAAUCCCGGGGCAGUCACGGGGCGAUGGGUCCCGGCGGGCUUAAACAUCAGGACUUCCUGGACUAUCAACAGCAGCAGCAGCAGCAUCAGCUUGGGCACCAGCAGGUGACCGGCGAACUGCACGGUGGUCAUCCGAAGCGACUAUGUGGCAGCUGCGAUGCCCUAACCACCGCACCACCGAUGAAGGGAGGUCCCUUCCAGCAGGGAGGCAGCACACCGGACUCCUACCACCCAAAACAUCACCCCCGGCUGUUACGCGGUAGCAGCAACGGAAGCACCAACGGCGGAGGAGGCGAUCACGAAAAUGCCACCAGCUUCAACAACACUUGCUCCUCGGAUGGGUCCGCUAGUGGCACUAGCAGUGGGAGUGGCGGUUUUUCCCAGCGGUCCAAGUUCGCCCGCAAAGUGCAUGUAAAUAUCGAGAAUGCCAUCAAUGGAAACUAUCAUCAUCACCAUCAGCAUCAUCAUAAUCAUCAUCACAAUCAACAUAAUCAUCAGAACGGGCAUCAUCAGCAGCAUAAUCAGCAGCAGGAGGCGAUCAGUGAGCAUGAAGAGACUGAACAUGAUAAAAUGCUCAAUAGUUACAGCGGCGGUGACACGGAGAAUGAGGUCACAGUAAGUAACGGCCAUGGGUCAGAGUGCGAUGAGGACGGGGAAACCUGCUGUUCCUGCAGUGAUGGUUCCUACCUGUACGAGGAGCCGGUUCAGGUCAAGUGAGAUUAAGGAGUGACGGUUUGUUUUGUUAGAGUUUAAGGAUGCUGUUUUCAUGAAGGUUUUUCUUUGCCUGGACGAGAAGCAAUCUCCGGAAGUGCAAAGUCACUUUUCCGCAAUCACGAAUAUUUAGAAUUUUUGUACCGUAUCACAGUAGCAGCAUAAAAUUCAAAGAUAUAACCGAUAUUGAAACGGAACUGUAGCUGGAAUAUUUCAAUAUGUGAGUGGUUCGAUUUGAUUGGUAUCGGAAGCUGAUUGCUAGCACUGGAUAAGAAAAUCAAUUUCUUGCAGCUUGAGAAAGAGGGAGGGUAAUGUCAUGAAUGGAACGUAAAUUAGAAGCUUAUCCCUUCGAAAACCAGCAUCAGUUGGCAUUUCGGUGGGGAAAAAAAUAUUCGAACAAUUCCCAAUACCAUAUUAGCAUUCAGAUCUCUCCGAUGAGCAACUAUUAAGUGGCGAUGUGGCGAGGAAUACUAAUGACUCGGCGUGCCUGCCGAGUUACAGUGUGAAUAUGGCUUCGGUUGGAUUAUUCAACGAAGAGUAAAACAACCAUCGCCAAUCUUAGAUCCCGAUUCGACACGACCAGCAUCCUGUCGGAGAUAACCGUCACGUACGGAAGAGUAACAUUUGCCGAACACGUUUUGCAUAGCAACUAUCCAACUUGUACCUACCAACACACACACACACACCUCGACAGGUCUGCAAGUGUCCCCGGAUCCGUGCGUACCAUUUUCUCUCGGUGGCAAAAUUUGCUUUUAUCUCGAAAACUCGUUAGUCGACCUGGGCUUUGACCGGUCCCGGGUUUUGGAAUUUGUAACCUUCGUCGGUCGUCGGCUGGCUUCUGGCGGCUUUGUUUCAAUUUAAUUUCCAACUGGCUUAUCCGUAGGAAAGUUAGGAUUUUGCACACGUUUAUCAUUUUUGUUGAGUUUUGCAGUAAGUUCUGUCAACUUUAUACACGUACAUAAAGCACUGACAGACACUGGACUGGCUGGAACUUGUCAUGGCUAGCUUCGAUGAUAUAAAAUUUGUUACAGCUGGAGCCUAUAAGUGUGAAACGAUGACAGGAUGAAUGCUAACGAGUUAGUAGAGAAGUUUGAACUUGAGGAUUGAUACAAUUUUACGUUGGAAUAGUACUUUGGAAAUUGAAUAAAAUUCUGAAACACAAGUUUAUUUUAUAGUUUGUAUUGAGAUGAUUAUUGCGUUUGUUGUAUUCUUUAAAUGGAAUUUCCAUUCUGACUUUAUCCCUUGCUUGUCUUCCUCAGUCAAUAGCAACUUCUCUCCACCCCCUCUCCAUCUCUUCUCAACCAAUGAAACCAUUCCGUAUUGAAAAUAAUUUCUGCAGUAUAAAUAUAUUUAUCACGUAAUCAAAAUAAGAUUGUUUUCGCUUGAAUUUGAGAGCUGCCACCGGAUUAAUCCAAUAAAAAUCUGACUACUAUUAGAAUCAUGUAUAUUAUAUUAUACCUGUGAUAUUAUUUUAAUGUGACAAAAUGAAGCAAAUAUAAAUUUGAUAAGUUUGAGUUUAGGUUUGAAGCAGACGAAAAUAGUAAUUAGUGCUGCAUACGAAUCCCCGCCUCUCAAAUUAAUUAAUUGCAAUACUCACUCACACAUCUACACACACACAUAUGACUUUGGGUUGUAAUUAGAAUCAUUAGUAGUUUAGCAAUAAUCUGUGUAGCUCAAUUUUAGUUCGAGACUACAAUCGACUGUAUAUAAUAUAUAAAACAACUGUAAAUUCGCAAUGUAACUCUAUAAUCAGUAAGCAAACUUAUUCGGUAGAAAUGUUUCAACCAAUAGAGAAACGCAACAAUAAUAAAUUUGCAACCGAAAUCAGUAGCCCCUAAGUCACUAACUUAUUGAAACCGUACACUGCUAACGAAAAACAAAACAAUCCUAGUGAACCAUGAGCCAUACAUUGCAAUUUUAUACGAACUUUUGAAAGAGUAAAAUCGGCAAGCAGAAGUAAAUUGUAACGUCGUAGGUUCGAAUCUAAACAGUAAAGCAGUUAACGAAACACUUUGUAAGUAAAAUAAAAUCAUGUUGUCAAUCCAGUGACAGAUUCAUAACAGUAUAACCCACCCGACCCGAACAUUUAGAUAUUUUGACAAUCCAAGCAGUCAGAUGUCGGCACCGUCGCCAAGAAGCAGGACAUGUCACGAUCAAAAAAUCAUAGUAGGUUUGAGAUCGACAAUUAAAUUUUUAACAAAAAUAAAACAGGUAUCAUCACUAUAAUCUUUUUGUUUUCACACGAACGAGCUAGACAACAGAAUAGUGCAUUUAGAUUGAAUCGAAAUCGAUGGUAAAGCGUGGCCGAGUGAAUCGGUGAAACGGAACACACGGCGUAAUACAAAUUUUACACCCAUUAAUCGAAGUGACGUAAUUUACUCGGAACAUAUUGUAGAGCAAUCCAAUCCACUGCUGGUUGCAUGACAGUGAAACCUCAUGACGUUUUUUUGGUAAGACAUAUUUAAACUGGUCUAUUGAAUGUCAACGAACGAAUUUGUAAA